CUCAGUGUAAGAGCAUUUCAGUCCAGAACAUGGCUUCCAGCACGGUCCUGUCUGAGCCAAUUGAUGUCCUUCAUGAUGAUGAUGAUGAUGAUGGAUACAACUUAUCAGAUCUGGAGGACAAGGACGUCGAUGAAGAAACGCUGGGUCUGGAUGAGAAUGAUUCUGCUGACGAAAUUGAAGAUGAGAAGCAACUUCCACCACCAGCAAAGAAGCCACGCAAGUCUGCUCAGUCAAAAUCUCCCCCAGCAUGGGAGACACCCGAGGACGCCGACGUGUCUCCACAAGCCAUUCAGUUCCGGCCUGCACGGCUUCCUGGGGUGCAGCUGAAUCCGGCAGAAGUGCAUCCGCCUCUGGAGUUGUUCAAACUCUUCUUCUCUCAAGAUGCUGUAGAGACACUGUGUCGGAACACCAAUAAACAAGCUGCCAGGAACAUCGCUCAAGGAUGCAAGUACAAAUGGAGUGCUUUGAAAGUAGACGGGUUUUACAAGUACAUCGGCCUGGUUUUUUACAUGGCCCUGAUAAAACUAGACCACAUCCAAGAUUACUGGCGGCAAAACAACAUUUUUUCCAUCGCCUUCCCAGGGACGGUGAUGUCCAGAGACCGAUACAGAACCAUUUCCUGGAACGUCCACAUGAGCGAUCCGGAUGAGGAUCGAGAGAACGAUAUGAGGCGUGGGACACUGCAGUAUGACCGACUGUUCCGCUUGAAACCACUCAUGGACAAGAUUCGGGAGGCCUGUAAGACCUGUUAUCAUCCAAAGAGAAACCUUUCGGUGGACGAACGAAUGGUAGCAACCAAGGCGAAAACGGGUAUGACGCAGUACAUGAAGAGAAAGCCCACCAAAUGGGGCUUCAAGUUGUUUGUAAUGGCUGACUCGAGCAACGGAUACACAGUGGAUUUCGCCGUGUACACAGGCAAAGACAGCUCCUACACAGGUCGAGGGAUUUCAUACGACACUGUGAUGUCAUUCAUGGAUCCAUCUUUCUUGGGCUUGGGCUACCAUGUUUACAUGGAUAAUUUCUACACAAGCCCAAAGCUAUUCAGGGACUUACACGCUCGGAAAUUUGGCGCGUGUGGGACGUACAGGGACAACAAGAAAAACUGUAAGGACUGUCCGAGCACUACGGUGAAUGCCCUGGGUAGAACGUCACGCAGGGGAGACUUCAGGUGGAUCAGGGAUGGUCCUCUGGUGUUUGUGAAGUGGAUGGACGCUCAAGAGGUCUCUGUUUGCUCAACGAUCCACACAGUCUUCAACGGCGAGACAACACAACGGAAGGUGAAGACCACAAAACAGACAUGGACCACACAGACAUUUUCAUGCCCCACUCCCAUCUUCGAGUACAACAAACACAUGGGAGGUGUGGACUUGUCUGACCAACUGAUCCAGUACUACACAACACAGCACAAGACCAUGAAAUGGUACCGGAAGCUGUUUUUGCACUUCUUGGACAUUGCGGCUACAAACGCAUACAUCCUGCACAAAGAGCUUGCGUCGCGACAACUGCGCCCUGCCUUGACACACAAAGCAUUCAUGGAGGAGCUGACUGCCCAGCUGUGCGGCAUGUCGAAGAAAAUCCCUUUAAAACAUGCCAGCUGCGAUCACAUACCGGUGCCUGUGGCCAAGCUGUCUACAGAUGCAAGUCAGGUGGCUUCGCAAGGUCGCAGGACCUGCGUCGUCUGCCGAUUGCAAAAUUCCAAAAAUAGUAGCACUCCGUGGAAGUGCAGGAAGUGUGACGUUCCUCUGUGCCUGCAGUUGACUAGAAACUGUUUCGAGAAAUGGCACAGGACUGUCAAAGUAACUGAAUGAAACAUUCACCACCUGCAAUGGAACCGUGAAUAAUUCAUUUGUGAAUCAUUUAAACGAUGAAUAAUUUGGCAUUAACUAUUAUGCCACGGGCAGCAUGGUGGCAGCCUGCGUGGGUUUACUCCUGUUUCCUCCCACAGCCCAAAAACAUGUACAUUAGGUUGAUUGGUAAUUGUAAAUUGCCCAUAGGAGUGAGUGUGUGUGUGUGUGGUUGUUCGUCUAUAUGUGGCCCUGUGAUGGACUGGCGACCUGUCCAGGGUGUACCCCUGCCUUUCAUCCAAUGUGUGCUGGUAUAGGCUCCAGCAGACCCCCGUGACCCUAAUUAGGAAUAAAGCGGGUAUAGAAAAUGGAUGGAUGGAUAUUAUGCCACUGACUACCUAUUUUUAUUGUGUGCCAAGACUAGUAAUUCUAAUAGACACUAUUGUUUUUCUGUAUGGAGAAUGAUUGAUUUACAGAAAAACAACAACAACAACAGCAACAACAACAAAAAAAAAAAUUUCAGAUGUGUGUUAUUUAUUUUAUUUAAUAUUUUUAAAGGUAAGAUGCAUCUGUUGGAUAAAAAGCACCAGGGAAAAUUAACAUAUGAAACAUAACCUUCUUCUGGGCGUCCUUCUUUUGGUCUUUUGAACUUUAAAUUAACUUGAACAUUAAUUUCUCUUCAGUAGCUGAUUUUUUUCCUGGUCAGGACAACGUCGAGGAUAUGCCCGGUACUGGACAUCGUUUUUAUCUGAAGCUAAGUUGCCACUUGCCUUGGUGGACCAAAGCUGUUUUGGCGUCACAAGUGGAAUCUCCACAAUAUUAGGCACUAGUUGCUUUUAAUGA